CGCGCGCGGUUGAUUUUCUCGUUUACUAAAAUUAGUUUUGAUUCUUUCAGGUUAGUGUAUUCAGUAAUGUUAGGCUGAAAGCGAUAGAUACAUUAUGGCAUGGUGCCCUCCAGUACUUAUGACGACUCCCUUGUAUUGUAAUCGUGGCAUAGAAACCAACAUUUUGAUCGCCGACAGCCCGAGCAAGAGCAGGGUUGCUCCGUGGUGCCGAUCGUCACUCCGUCGCAUCACUCCCUGUCCUGCUAGUAUUAUCCUGCCCUGUUAGUAUCCUGUCGCGGCAGUGGCCAAGGUAUGUCGGAGGGGCUUCGGAUUCGUCGCAGGCAAUUCACUCCAUUCAUUCUCCUGGUCUUGACAGCCGCUGUUCUUUGGGGAUAUAUCAGCAAGGCGGGCAUCAACUUGCGAGGGCUGGUCGUAGAUUCACAACCACGACAAAGAGCAAUCAUAACUGUUAGCACCACUCAGCUACGAUCAGCCCAGUCUGGCUUCAUACGCGUACAUGACGUGUCAGACAUUCUCUCACAUUCAAAUUCCUAUGGUGUUGGAAAGGUGAGCGGAAAGUCAGCACCAGAUAAGGUCCCUGCACUGCAGACCAGCGGUGCUGCGUGGUAUAGAGUGGGAAAGCCAUUCCACAGAGUGGCUCUGAACAGAUUCGCCUUGACGUUCAAGACUCCCAGUGCGUCACCAUCCGUAUCAUCAGCGUCAACGCCGUCAAGGUCCCUGCUAUUCUAUGCUCAAGUUUUGUCGGGUUUGUUUCACCCCAAGCAGCGGCAGUAUGUCGCUGUUACCAUCAGCAAAGAGGACAUUUGCGUGCAUGUCAAAGUAUCGCAAGCGGCAAGACCGACCGUUGUCUGUGAGGAUUCCCUCGGACCCAGUCCUCCUGGCUCCUGGUUUUCACUGUACGUUACUAUGACGCCAGGAAGAGUGGUUGCCAUGGUGACCAAUAACACCGUAUCCGACAAUCCGGUACAAACAGACGAGCUGAAGUUUACGUUGAAGCGGCUCUACUCGAGUAGUGGAAUGGCCAGCCACUCAGCUGGGAUAGAGGUUGACUCUGGCAUGUACAUUGGUGGUGUUGUUGACCAUACAAACAUUGCUUUGCGUCGCGACUUCCAUGACACAAUACAGCCCUUCAGUGGGUUCAUCUCGUCUCAGAUCGUCGUCAACGACAACGUAUUCGACUUGACGAGUGACACAACGGACCACGGAAUCACAGAUGAAAAGAUGAAGGACUAUUUGCACAACACGCUACAUUAUGACAUGUCACGACCACUUCCCCGUGUUUUUACCAAGAGAAAACGUGAUAUGGCGGAUCCGAUCAUGUCGCAUUUCCCUGUUGUCACGGCGAUAAGCAGUAACCAUGCCGAUGAAGCUAGUGACAUGAUUUUCUCCGUUGUCGACGUGAUGAGCGAUCGUGGGAUUUUUGUGUACGAUCUGGGACUCACAGAAUCCCAUGUGAAGCGAUUGACGUCGUUUUGCAACGUCAGCGUCCGGCAAAUGCCGUGGGAUGUGUACGGAGCAGGGCGUCGCGAUCUCUAUGACAUGCGCUGGAAACCGGUCAUGCUUAACAGCGUUAUGCAGGAGUUUGGCGGUGUGUUGUACGCUGACGCAUCAAUACGCUUCAAGAAAAGCAUCAUCAGUGUUGAUUUACUCCAGAAAGGGCCGGGUUUUGUCGGUUUUGGACCGGAGGGCACCUCACCAACUGGUGCCUUCACGCAUGAUGUCACCCUACAGUCGCUUGGUGUCAACAGGCCCGAGGUGGCGCGGACAGCAAUCACAAUUGGUGGUGUCCAGAUAUGGAUUGACCACAAGGAAACGGUGCGCGAUCAGCUGAUGAGACAGUGGCUGGCCUGCGCUAUCUCAGAGCAGUGUAUGGCACCACGGGGCUCGACUAGAUUCAACUGUGACUUCAGCCUACGAGCUGCGGGCAAGUUUAUAGGAUGCCAUCGCUACGAUCAGAGUGCGAUAAGUGUGAUUCUGUGGAAGGCGUUUGCGGAUGCCACGGCCAAUUCCUAUCAGUUGAAUCACCCUCAUGACCUCGACUUUCUUGAAAUUGAACGAUUCCCAACGCAUCACCAUCCCCAGUGUAUUGCGUGACGUCCCUGACCCGCACCAUGUGUUUGCAAUGGUCUAGGGCUGUGCCUGUGGCUGAGCCUUCCCAAACUGCAGACCAAGAUUGUAAUUCGUUCCGUCUGCCUAUGGCUGUGUUUACAUGAGAAAUUUCAACCCGGGUCGAGUUCAACCCGGGUUGAAAGUCUGUACGAUAGACAAAAGAGGUGAGCGUUUACAUGAAGACAGUUGACCCGGGUCAAAUACUGAUAUGCCGCCAAACUUCCACUUCUAGAGUCCUGUAUGGUCACGUGAAUCCUCUUGCGCGAAAUUUGCAUGUGCAGUGCUGUUCAAACCAGGGAGUAGUACUACUCCCUAUAUGUAGUUCAAACCUGGCGCGAGAUACGCACAGAAGUACAUAGUACGAUAUCUUUGACACGGGUCAAGCGCAAUGCGUCAUGUAAACGUGCCAUUCAUUUUGUGUGCAUGGCGGGUUGAAAUCUGACCCGGGUUGAAGCGCCUCAUGUAAACACAGCCUAUGUCUCAAGUCGUUUUCACUGGCACCGAGAAAAUUCGUGAAAUCGCUACAGGAACUGGGGCGUUUUGCGUUUCACAUGGUGCUGAAAAAGAUGGUGUUCAAAACGUCCAUCAGCUCUCCCUUGAGCAAGAAUGCAAUGAACUUAGGUCUUCUGCAAACAUGCCAGGGCACAAUGUCUACGGACGCUCGGCAAUACCGCUUCUGUCACCUGUCACUCCAGGAGUU